ACUUAGGGUUCUAAAUCCCAAUUGGUUUUGCAUUAGCAUUGACAUAUUAGUUCCUCUUAUCAUCACUCAAAAACUACAAAUUAUAACCUACAAAGUACAAAGCAAUAGCAUGAACUCAGCACAUACGUAGGACCCGAGCGAGUCAACUCAGUACUACCUCGUCUCUUUUUCUCCUCAAAUUGAUUCAUCAACAAACCAGCCAUAGCCAAAGGCGCCUCCUUUAUUGCAUCCUCCAUAAAACCCAGAAAAGAUUUAAACUUGAUUUCGCCAUUAAAAUUGGCAAGAACUUUUGCAAAAAAUUAGAAGAUGGGUAAGAAUGAAAAAACAGGGUUAGGAAGAGCCCUAGUUAAACACCAUAAUCAAAUGGUCCAACAAACCAAAGAAAAAGGGCGUUUUUACAAAACCCACAACAAAAAAGGGCUUAUAUCUGUAACUGAUGUUUCUGACAUUGAUGCUGUCAUUGAAGAAGCUGAAGAAGCUGACCGCCUUUUCUCCGCCGACAACCCUGUUCCUCAAUUGCUAGUUGAUGAGGACUCCAGUUCAAGCGCCAUUGGCUUGACACCUGAUCAGAGGAGGCAGCAACAGAAGAUGGAGGAGGCACUGCAUGCCGGCAGUCUUCGCGUCCCUCGAAGGCCGCCGUGGAAUGCUGGGAUGACAGUAGAUGAGCUUGAUGUCAAUGAAAAACAAGCCUUUUUAGCGUGGCGCAGAGGCCUUGCUAAACUCGAGGAGAAUGAGAAGCUUGUCCUUACUCCGUUUGAGAAGAAUUUGGAUAUAUGGAGGCAGCUUUGGCGAGUGGUUGAACGUAGUGAUCUGCUUGUUAUGGUCGUUGAUGCAAGAGAUCCUCUGUUCUACCGCUGUCCAGACCUUGAGGUGUAUGUGCGGGAGGUUGAUGAACACAAGAGAACAAUGCUGCUUAUCAACAAGGCCGACCUUUUACCAUAUUCUGUCAGGCUAAAAUGGGCGAAUUACUUCCGUGAUCACGGAAUUCUCUUCUUAUUUUGGUCAGCUAAAGCUGCUUCUGCAGUUCUUGAAGGGAAGAUGCUUAGUGUCUCAAAGUAUGUGCAAGACGCCUCGGAAGAUACAGAAGAUGUUGAAACAAAGAUUUAUGGCAGGGAUGAGCUGCUGGCCCGCUUGCAGUUUGAGGCAGAAGAGAUAAUGAGAUUGAGGAUAUCAUCCCGUGAAACUACAGUCUCCUCUCAGUCUCACUCCCCUGUUAGAAGUACUGGUGUAUAUUUAGCAUCAAACAGUGUAACUGUUGGGUUUGUCGGUUACCCUAAUGUGGGUAAGAGCUCAACCAUCAAUGCGUUGGUUGGAGCAAAGCGUGCAGGAGUCACCAAUACUCCUGGGAAAACCAAACAUUUCCAGACGCUGAUUAUAUCUGACAAGCUUACCUUGUGUGAUUGUCCGGGACUUGUAUUCCCAUCCUUUACAAGCUCGAGAUAUGAGAUGAUUGCUUGUGGGGUUCUACCUAUAGAUCGAAUGACCACCCACCGAGAGGCUGUACAGGUGGUUGCUGAUAAAGUCCCAAGAUAUGCGAUUGAAGAAGUUUAUAAGAUCACUUUGCCUAAACCGAAGUCAUAUGAGUCUCAGUCUCGCCCUCCAUUAGCAUCAGAGCUUUUGAGAGCUUAUUGUGCUUCUCGGGGAUACACCUCUUCAAGUGGACUUCCGGAUGAAACUCGGGCAGCCCGCCAAAUGUUGAAGGAUUAUAUUGAUGGGAAGCUUCCGCACUUUGAGUUACCUCCUGGAAUGUCAGAUGAAGAGAGUAAAGAGAAAAAUGAAGCUUAUACUGCUUUUGGCUUGUCUGAUAUUGAUGAAUCUGAUUCAUCUGAUGCUGAAGACUCGUCUGCUGAACUUGAAGAAACUGGGCCUGGUCUUGAGGAUGUGAUGAAUGAUCUUGUGUCCUUUGAUCUUGCAAAUGGGCUUGCUGCGGAGAAAGCUAAUGUAAAGAAAAAGCCUCCUAAAGCACCACACAAGCUCCACAGAAAGCCGCAGAGGAAAAAGGAUCGAACUUGGAGGGUCGGAAAUGAUAAUGGUGACGGGAUGCCUCUAGCACGUGCUUUUCAGAAGCCUGUGAAUACAGGCCCACUUAAAGCUUAAAGUGGUGGUACCUAUCAACGCCUACUAUACUACGAGAAAUUAAUCUGUCGGGUUUUGAACUGCUUGUGAUAAGUGCUUGCCAUUCUGGUUUCUCAGGGGAUUAAAGAUGGAUAUUUUUAUGUGGAAUUACUCUAACAAGGUUGUCUAAAUGGUGGCAUGAUUGAUGAUAUACUGUCUUGAGUGUACGAUCUGUAAUUUCAGCUUCGGAUAACAUGGUUCUUCUAUCUGUAGUUUUGACUCUUUUUGGCUUAGCUUACAAAUGAAAUAUAAUGCUCUUAUUGUUA